AUGCCCCAAAUCUUCUUCAACAAGGUGUAUCCUGGAGAAAUGGCUCUUCCCGGUCGAACCAAGACGGCGGAAGAGCUGGAGGCUCUAGAGGCCGAAAAGAACGACCCCCAAAUGCAACGGCCAAUGUUUGGCAAAAACGGCCGAGCCUGGCCCGUCAUCACCGCCGGAGCAGGUCUCUUCUCCGACGGAUAUGUCAACAACUCCAUGGGAACCGUCAACACCUGCCUGUCCAUCCUCUAUGGCGAUUACUACUCCAAGUCCACCUACUCUCGAACCGUGUCGUCAAUUGUCUUUGCCGGAACCGUGCUGGGUAUGAUUGUGUUUGGAUUUGUGGCCGACUACCACUCGCGAAAAAUGGGCAUGAUUGCCUCCACUCUGAUUCUCAUCGUCUUCACCAUUCUGUGUUCCGCAGCCUGGGGAGCCGGAGGAAAGGACGACAUUGGCGGAAUGCUGAGCGCCCUCAUUGCAUACCGAUUCCUCGUCGGUAUCGGUAUCGGAGGAGAGUACCCUGCCGGCUCUGUGGCCUGCUCCGAGGCCUCGGCCCUGAUGGGAAAUGGAACCCGAAACCGAUGGUUCAUCUUCUUUACCGGAUUCAUGAUUGAUUUCGGCUUCGUGGUCGCCGCCUUUGUACCCCUCAUCCUCCUGUGGAUCUGUGGAGAUGACAACCUGACUCCCGUGUGGCGAAUCACCAUUGGCCUGGGAGCCAUCCCCCCUCUGUCGCUCUUCUACUUCCGAACCCGAUUCAAGGAGCCCGACACCUUCCGAAAGAACAACUUCAAGCGAACCCGACCCCCCUACAUUCUGGCUCUGCGCUACUACGGCCCCCGACUGGUUGUCAUCUGUAUCGUCUGGAUGCUCUACAACUUCAUCUCCUUCCCCUUUGGAAUCUACGGCUCUCAGAUCAUCAACUUGCUGGUCAAGGAUGGAGAUCUGUACAAGACCUUUGGCUGGAACGUGCUUCUCACUGCCUUCUACCUGCCCGGAGCCUUCCUUGGAGCCAUCUUCUCCGAUUGGUUUGGUCCCCGAAUCACUCUGGCUGGUGCCCUGAUUCUCCAGGGUAUUGUCGGUUUCAUCAUGGCUGGUGUCUACGAGUCCAUGAUCAAGAACAUUGCCGGCUUUGUCAUUGCCUACGGUAUCUUCCAGGCUCUGGGAGAAAUGGGUCCCGGAGGAAACAUUGGUCUUCUGGCCUCCAAGAACUCCCCCACAGCCAUCCGAGGUGUCUUCUACUGCAUUGCCUCGUCCAUGGGUAAGAUUGGUGCCUUCAUCGGUACCCAGUGCUUCCCUCUCAUUAUCAAGGGCUUUGAGAAGGGCGGCGACGAAAUCAAGGGUGUCCAGGGUCCCUUCUGGAUUUCCUCGGCGCUCUGUAUUUUCUCCGCCCUCAUCACCUUCUUCUUCCUGCCUCCUGUGACCCAGACCUCUGUUCAGGAUGAGGACAGAAAGUUUUUCGAGUACAUCCGGGCCCAUGGUUUUGAUGUCUCCAAGAUGGGAGACGAGGGCUUUGAGCCAGAGUCCGAGGAGUCCAUGGAGACCGAGCUCUACGAGCAGAAGGGUUCCAACGAGGAGCUCUAUGUUAACACCCACGAAGUCAAGAACUAG